AGCCGAUGGCUCCGACCCCGCAUAGUGCCUUGCGGCAGAGAUUUUAAAGGCCAUGGUGGCACAAAGUGUUUUGCUCCAUGGUACGCAUGGUACGGCUCUCCAUGAGGCUACCAGCUUGAUUCGGAGAUGUUGGUGGCCGGAACGCUCCUGUGGAGAGUCUUCCGCAUGUUCGGACAUGCGAAGUUUAUGGGAGAACGCAGACAAGGUAGAUCGUUUGCCUCCACCGGCGCAGUGCGAAAAUCCCAAGUAUUUGGUGACAGGAAGCAGAGAUCGUGCUGGCUUUAUGCAGGGGAAACGCUUGGAUACCUUGACGUUCCCUUCUGAAGAGUGGCACAAAUGCUGCAUGAUCAAUAGUGGCCGGAAGAUGCUGUGUGAAGAUGUCACUGCAAUGCCAUUCUCAGAGCUCAUCAACCAACAUCACGGCAUGUGCGGAACCCACGCCUGCAUGGGAGCGGAUGAGCGAUGCUUGCAUGUGGACCACCAGGAGGAAGAGUUGACCAACCCCAAAAAGGGCGAAUGUCCUGGGUCCUGCUCCAAAGACUGCAUCCGCUCCUCCGAGCGACUCGAGUGCAUUCGCCUAGGGAUGACCACCCAAGAGGGUGGCACGGAGGGUGAUGAUGCUCAAUACGUGCGCGGGAGCUUCAACAAGCCAGAAAAAUACGAAGUCUUUUCUUUGUCAAUGCCCGCUCCUUGGAUGAGAUGGAGCAUGAUGCAAAGGUCUGAACGACAUCGGAGACAUCGUGCCUGGAAUCAUUUCCUCGAUCGGAGAAAACCUUCUCUGAAGUCCAAUGAGAGAUAAAUUUCAAAAACCAAAAGCUGGAAGCAU